UGCUUUGCAGAAUCUAUUUGCGAAUCAAACGCACCGGCGACGUAUUUUUGUAUCGAAUGACCACAAUAUAGGAUAUUUGAUUGUCGUUUGGACAUUCAUGUCGCCACAGAAACACAGGAAAUGAGUCUUGGAAUUCUUAGAUAAUUAAUCCUCUCUGGUGAACACAAUGAGGCUACGUAUCUGUAGAAACUGUUUCCGUGUGAGAGGUGUGUACCAGAUGAUUGGCUACCUCCUACUGUUCCUGUUCAUGUUGCUCACCCUACAGUUUCGGGAUAACGUGUCGGAUUGUACUGUGUUCAACCUUCAGGGUACCCUUUUUUACCGUCCUCGCCCGCACUUCUUCUGCCUCAAGUACAGCGGUAACCUUGGAGACCAAAUGUUUCAGUACGCUUUUCUGUUGACUCUGCGGAUCCGCUACAGCACGGAAAUUACUCUUCCUUCUAAUAAUAUACUCACUCCAGUGUUCAACAUUGUUCCGCAAAACGAAUUUAUUCUUCAAUAUUGUGACUGUUUUCAAAAGAGAACUCAGAAGGAGACAACAUAUGGCUUUGAUCCAACACUGUUAAAUAUGGAUGUGAACUUUGAAGGCAGCUACAAAAGUUAUAAGUAUUUCGAAAGUCAAGUUGAUGAGGUUCGUUCCAGAUUCUAUCCUAAAAAAUGGAUCACAUCUAAAGUACGAAAAGAACUGGAUAAAAUAAGACAUGGACAUGGUGGUAAAAACUCGACCUUAGUAGGUAUUUACUUACCACAUCCUGCGGAAGGAUUUAAAGAUACUAAUGUGGAAAAUUUCCUUCAAAAUGCAAUACAGUUGUAUAGGGAGCAAUAUAGAAAUGUCAUCUUCAUUUGUGUGAUAAAGGAAGGGGCAGAGACAUUUUGGAUGAAGUCUAAAUUCAUUCUUCAGAAAGACAUAUCUGUGUUGGUGGAGUCAGGGGAGGACAUUGUGCUAGGACUGCUGGCUGGUGUUGACCACUCUGUCAUACUGAAGGAGUCGCUGGCCUGGUGGGGGGCUUGGUUGGCUGGAGGAAAAGUAGUCUACUACCAGGACAACUUCGACAGUAACGACAGCAGUCAAUCAGACAACAUCAGAUACCCUCCAGCCUGGAAUGCUUUGAAUUAACUCGGGGGUUCAAAGCAUCCCUUAUAAGGGGCUGAGUGAGCUAGUUUAUGCCAUAAUGCAGCAAUAGUUGUCCAGCUAUUGCCAACUGUUCAUUUUAAAUUCAAUAUAUGCACAAAAACACUAAAUAUGUUUUAAGAAACUUUUUGUACUGCUUCACAAUCAAGGGUGGCCGUGUGUUUGCCUUGGGUUAACUCCCAUUGUAGUGAUGGGAAUCAGGUUUCACUUUUAGCAUUGAUAAUCGUAACUCAAAAUCAAUCAAUUAUCAACUAUAAUCAAUUUUCUGAAUUUAGCACAGAAUUUAUGUUUAUCUAAAGUAUAUUUAUUACACAUCUUAGUGUUAUCAGUAUUUUUGAUACACUCCUCACAAAGCAUUUAAUGGUUGUUGAUACAUGGAAUGUAUAUUUAAACCUCCUUAAUCUCUUGUAAACAACCAAUGAAUAUAUUGGUAAAAUAUCAGAUCAACUACUUCUUGGUUCGGUAACAUUACAAAUACAUGCAAAGCCAAAGAUUUACAAACAGUCCCAGAAAUAUCCAAUUUAUUGCCUUUUAAAAAUUGCCAUCGAUGAUCGGUUUUAUUUUGUUUUUUGACUAAUUUUCGAUUAUUUUCUAUCAUUUGCUAACCACUAUCCCCUAGAACAAUAAUGAAGUUGAUCGGAAUCAUACGGGUACAUACUAUUACAACUCGAAACAAGUGCUGAUAUUUUUUUUUAUUUUUAUUAUUUUUUUUUUAAAUUUAGGUCACCUGAGAUGGAGUCUCAUGUGAUCUUUUCUAAUCGCCUUUUGUCUGUUGUCAGGAGUCCAUAAACAAUUUACAUUUUCAACCAAUCUGUCAUUUAGGACGAGUAGCGAUUUUCCCAUUAGGACUUGCCCGUGGCCCCAGAGGAGCCACACCUCCAAUUAUACAACAUUUGAUUUAAUGAUUUAGACAAAAUUUCACCUGAGGAGUUCAGGACCAGUAGCGAUAAAAAGAAAUGUUGACAGAUGGAUAGCUGAUACAUCAUGGCAACAUUCCAUCAUGAGUGUUCAAACUAUAACAUUCCUGGGUCAUAGACCAUGAUAACAUUCCAUGUGUGUUCAAAUUACAUUCCCGCGUAAUAUACCAUGACAGCAUUACAUUCAAACUUCAUUCUGUGUCUGAUUACAAAAACAUGCCUCAAUGUCAUUGUUACAUGUCAUUGUGUCUGCCCUCAUGGUACCCCAAUGUCACUGUUACAUAUCAGUGUCUGCCCUCUUGGUACCCCAAUGUCACUGUUACAUGUCAUUGUAUCUUCCCUCUUGGCACCCCAAUGUCACUGUUACAUAUCAUAGUGUCUGCCCCCUUGGUACCCCAAUGUCACUGUUACAUAUCAGUGUGUCUGCCCUCAUGGUACCCCAAUGUCACUGUUACAUAUCAUUGUAUCUGCCCUCUUGGUACCCCAAUGUCACUGUUACAUAUCAGUGUCUGCCCUCUUGGUACCCCAAUGUCACUGUUACAUGUCAUUGUGUCUGCCCUCAUGGUACCCCAAUGUCACUGUUACAUAUCAGUGUCUGCCCUCUUGGUACCCCAAUGUCACUGUUACAUGUCAUUGUAUCUGCCCUCUUGGCACCCCAAUGUCACUGUUACAUGUCAUUGUAUCUGCCCUCUUGAAUUGGCACCCCAAUGUCACUGUUACAUAUCAAGUGUCUGCCCUCUAGGUACCCCAAUGUCACUGUUACAUGUCAGUGUCUGCCCUCUUGGUACCCCAAUGUCACUGUUACAUGUCAUUAUAUCUGCCCUCUUAGCACCCCAAUGUCACUGUUACAUAUCAUAGUGUCUGCCCCCUUGGUACCCCAAUGUCACUGUUACAUAUCAUUGUAUCUGCCCUCAUGGUACCCAAUGUCACUGUUACAUAUCAGUGUCUGCCCUCUUGGUACCCCAAUGUCACUGUUACAUGUCAUUAUAUCUGCCCUCUUAGCACCCCAAUGUCACUGUUACAUAUCAUAGUGUCUGCCCCCUUGGUACCCCAAUGUCACUGUUACAUAUCAUUGUAUCUGCCCUCUUGGUACCCCAAUGUCACUGUUACAUGUCAUUGUAUCUGCCCUCUUGGUACCCCAAUGUCACUGUUACAUAUCAGUGUCUGCCCUCUUGGUACCCCAAUGUCACUGUUACAUGUCAUUGUGUCUGCCCUCAUGGUACCCCAAUGUCACUGUUACAUAUCAGUGUCUGCCCUCUUGGUACCCCAAUGUCACUGUUACAUGUCAUUGUAUCUGCCCUCUUGGCACCCCAAUGUCACUGUUACAUGUCAUUGUAUCUGCCCUCUUGGUACCCCAAUGUCACUGUUACAUAUCAGUGUCUGCCCUCUUGGCACCCCAAUGCCACUGUUACAUAUCAUGGUGUCUGCCCUCAUGGUACCCCAAUGUCACCGUUACAUAUCAGUGUCUGCCCUCUUGGUACCCCAAUGGCAGUUGAAUGUUCAAAUUGGAUACUAAUUAAUCAUCUUAUAAUGAAAUCCUUGUAUGAUACUUGUUAAUGAUCUUUAUAUGGAUCUCAAAGUUUGACACUAUUUUAUUAUCUUAAUGCUGAUCAUGAAAUCCUUUGCAUGAUACUAAUGCAUUCACUUUAUACUGAAAUCCUUGUAUGAUACUUGUUAAUAAUCUUUAUGUGGAUUUCAAAGUUUGAUACUUUUUAAUGAUCUUGAUACUGAAAUCCAGAUAAAGUCGUUGAUGUCCCGGCCUUCUGCACUGAAGUUUGUUAUCUGUUUUUAUGUAUAAACUGAAAAUGUUCUGAAAAAAUCAUGCAGUAAGAUAUGUGCACAAGACGUUUCUCACUUUUUACUAAACUUUUUAACUUGUUAGAUAUUCUUGAUCAUAGAUGUAUUCAUUAAGAAAAACAUAUGUUUUUACUGACUAUAUAUGUAAUAGUCUUGGUCAUGGAAAUGUUUGUAAAUACUGUAAUAAUUUGAUAUUGAGUUGAUGCCUUUAACCAUUAUGGUUGGUAUGAUGUAACUAAUAGGAUCAGUAUACCGACUGUCAUGGAUUGGAGAGACAACAAAAUAAAACUUACAUUAAUGAUAUACAA